AUGAGUUCUACUGAUUAUUCCGUUCCUUAUAUACUAUGGUGGAACGACAAAGCUUAUGAAAUAGAUUCAACCGUAUUUGCAAGAUUUUCAAAGAAAUUCAAGCGCGAUCUCCAAAAUCCAGAUAAUCAAAAUCAGAUGGAUAUCAUUGUGAACAAUUCCAGAGGCGAACGUGUCGAGGAAGAGACAUUUCUCGCUUUUGUCAAAGCCUGCCAGUUGCAGCCAUUCGAUGUAACCAAGAAAAAUGUUUACGAACUUGCUUUUCUUGCAUCUCAAAACCAAUGGGAUGUUGCAUCUCUUCGCACAUAUAUUGAUGAAUAUAUUGCUAAGAACAAGAUUGAUCCACCUGAAGUAAAAGAUUAUCUUCAAAUUUUGUUAGACCAUCUCGAAUCAAACGCUGAUACACCAGAAGAUUGGAAGAAUGUUGCUGAUAAUAUCAACUCCGCUCUUGCUGAUGAAAGAUUCGAACAAGUUCCUCCAGAUGUAAUCUACGAAAUUCUCGAUAUUGCUGACAGAAAGAGCUUAUCAUCUGAUGGACUUGUUGCUUUUGUUCGUAAGAUGCUUACAAUUAAUCCACAAACAGCUGUUCCUCUUCUUCUUCGCUGCGAUUUUGAUAAAUUUGAACUCCAAGAACGUGCUGCUAUCUUCCAAAACCCAUCGGUCCAUACAAUGAAUAUCAACUUUUUCACAGCUUCAGCCAUCAGCGCUUUACAAAAUAAGAAUUCUAUAACAAUUGCCAAGCGUAAGCGCCAGCAGAUGCUUGAAUUCAAGUGCCUUGAAAUCGCCCUUAACAAGAUGGUCGAAGAGCAUACAAAAGAGAUCAAAGAACAAUACAAUGACGAAAUCAACGAAAUCAAGGAUGAAAUCUACCGCCAGCAGGCAAUCAUAGAUAAGCUUACAGAGCGUAUUAACACUCAUAAGCAACGAAUUCUUACAGCAGAACGCAAACAGGCAAGCCGCCGUACACCUCUCGAUUCGAAGGCUCUCCAAGACCUCCAGAACUCUGUUAGAAGAGAGCUCCAGGAUAUGGAGAACUCACUCGAUAGAUCAUUGUUUGACCACGAGAAGGGAAUGGAGAAAUUCGUAACAGAUGCAGAGACAAUGGCCGAGAAAUUCUUCACACAGGCAGCAGCAGAGUCAUACAAUGAGGUCAGCAAAGUCACAUCCAAGCUUUCCCAGCUCGCAACUGAUUCCAAAGAAAUUGAACAAAAUUCUCUUGCAGUUAAGGAUUUGCUUGGCAAAGUUAAAUCAUCACUUUGCGCAAAGGUAGUCAGAGAUAAGCUCAGAUUCGACAAAUUCCUUAGAAAGACAACAAAUAAAUUCAGAAUCUUCGAGAAAGAGCCAAGAAUAUUCAAUCUUACUUCUCAAGAUGUUAAGGCUUCAGAGGAGGCCCUUGUACAGAUGGACCACCACAUAGAAGCUUAUUGCCCACUCAGACAGCAAUUGCCAGAACCACAGCCUGUUCGUAAGCACCAUAAGAAGCAGUAA